GAGACGGAGGGAGAGGAGGAAGGAAGGAAGGAAAACUUAAAACAUUUGAAAGCCUGGAAGGAGCCCUCAGCCGCGUGCCAUGCAGACCACCGCUGAAGGAGCUGAGCGAGUUGGAGCUCCUACAAUUGUUGCCAUUCUGAAGUUAGGCGAAACUUUCUGAAACUGUUUCCAGCUAAAACAAUGAGUAUAAGAAGACAACGGCAAGGAGUGCGUAACAAUGUGUAGCUGCAACUUCAAACUCCUGUUUGGCAGAGUGUUCCAGUAGGUCUAAACGGAUCCAGCGGAUCACGGAACACGAAUUAGGGCUACUGCACAUGCCAAGCCCACCGCCCCCCAGACUUACCACUCCACCUCCUCCUGCCCUUUAGAAAGGACCCUCUUCGUACCCUGGACAGCCCAUGUCCCAAGGCGCCAUGAGCGGGGGGCGCUUCGAGUUUGAUGACGGCGGUGCCUACUGCGGAGGCUGGGAGGGCGGAAAGGCACAUGGACAUGGCAUCUGUACUGGCCCCAAAGGUCAAGGGGAAUACUCGGGCUCCUGGAAUUACGGCUUCGAGGUGGUCGGGGUGUAUACCUGGCCAAGUGGAAACACCUACGAAGGGUACUGGUCUCAAGGCAAACGCCACGGUCUAGGCGUCGAAACCAAAGGACGUUGGGUCUACAAAGGCGAGUGGACGCAUGGUUUUAAAGGAAGAUAUGGAACCCGGCUGAGUCAGGGCAGCGGGGCCAAGUACGAAGGCACCUGGAGUAACGGGCUGCAGGACGGCUACGGCACAGAGACUUACGCAGAUGGAGGCACCUACCAGGGUCAGUUCACUGGAGGAAUGCGUCAUGGCUAUGGGGUUCGUCAAAGUGUUCCAUAUGGAAUGGCUGCUGUGGUUCGUUCCCCACUGCGCACGUCCCUCACUUCCCUUCGGAGUGAGCAUAGCAAUGGCACUCUUGUACAACAGGAUGCUCCAAACCUUAACCCUGGAAAUGCAACUCCAGGUCUGGAGAGUUCCUUUAUUCCUGCCAGCCCUUCCCGAGGUGGAUUUGCUCUUACCCUCUAUGUAAACCCGGAGGUGGUGAAGCCUAAAAAGAAGGGUCUCUUUCGAAGGGGCUCCUUACUGGGGAAGCUCAAAAAAUCAGAGUCAAGAACCUCCCUUUCCAGUCAGAAGAGUAAAAUUAGCUUUCUUAAGAGUGAAUCUGGUCUUAGCUCUGCGGCAAGUGACGCAAACUCCACCAUUAGUCUAGGAGAGGGAACUGAAGGGGGUGAAGAUUUUCCACCCGUUGAGGCAGACAUUGAUGCUACUACAACUGAGGUCUAUAUGGGGGAAUGGAAGAAUGACCAUCGUUGUGGCUACGGGAUUAGUGAGAGAUCAAGUGGGCUGAAGUAUGAAGGCGAGUGGCUGGAUAAUCAGCGCCAUGGUUAUGGGUGCACAACAUUUCCAGAUGGGAGGAAGGAAGAAGGAAAGUACAUGAACAAUAUGCUAGUGAAAGGAAUGAAGAAAAGAGUGAUACCACUGAAGAGUACUAAGAUAAGACAGAAAGUAGACAGAAGUGUGGAGGGUGCCCAGCGAGCAGCUGCUAUUGCUAAGCAGAAGGCAGAGAUUGCGGCCUCCCGGACUACCCACGCCAAAGCUAAGGCAGAAGGAGCAGACCAUGCCGCCUUGGCCUCCAACAACGAGUCAAGCAUAGCCAGGGUGGUCGCACGUGAGCUCUCCCCAUCUUUCUACCAACCAGGUCCAGAAUACAUAAAGAGAAAAGUGCUUCAAGAAAUUGCUGAAAGUAAAGAAAAUGUAGAGAAUGCUGAACAGGAGCCCCCAUCAAUAGAGGAGCCUCCUCCAACACCCCCAGAAAGCCCCCAGCUUCAUGAGAAAGAAAGUCUGGAUAGGAGCUCUUCUCCGGCCCAUACGCCAUCACCAAGUCCUGCUGCAACACCCCCAGAAGCCAAAAGGUCUAAACUGUCCCCAAAGAAGGAGACACCAAAUUUUCUCAGUCCUGGAAAUUGGAAUGGAGAGCAGGCAAGCAGAAGUGGAAGUCGCACAAGCAGCCACCCUAACAGCCAGCCUGGCAGUCGACCCAGCACUCCUAGUAAUGUGUGUCAUUUGGUAGUAGAUGAGAGGCAUGGCUCCAGCAGCCGCAGUCAUUCACGGGCCUCCAGCAGGCAGAGUAAUCGGGCAGAUCAAAAUAGCAAUUAUGAGCUAGAGAUUAAACCACUUCAGAAGAUGGACCGUUCCAGGGAAGGCACUCCAGAACCAAAGAUGGGAGAUGUGCUUCAUGCGUUCCAUAGUUAUCCUGUGAAGACCAAGGUCAUCUUUCCUACUGAAGAAAUUGAGAGAACACCUUUUGUCAAAGUCCCCUCAAAACCUACUACUCCAGAACCAAAAGUAGAAGUGAAGGGGCGAGAAACCAAAGUGGAGAUUCGCGAGACACCAGCUACAGUACAGCAUGCAUCAGAACCAGAGCCUAAGUUGGAAGUACGGCCUAGUCAGAAAGAAGAGCCAAAGCCAAAGCAAGAGCCUAAAGUUAUCUCAAAACCAGAAGCAAGUCCACAAGUCAAAAGAGAAUCUAAAGUGGCAACUAAACCAGAACCAAAGCCAAUAACCAGGUCAGAACCCAAGCCAAUUGCCAAACCAGUCCCAAAGGCUGAGCCUUCAUCAAGAUCUGAUCUUAAAUCUAAGGCUGCAGCUACUGCUAAGAAUCUUGCCGAAGCAAAGGAGCCAUCAGAUGCUGAACAGGGACCUAACACUAUACUGAUAUGUAUGGUUAUACUUCUGAAUAUUGGUUUGGCAAUUCUGUUUGUGCACAUUCUGACAUGAAACACCCCGCUUUGGGUUCUGUUACUUGCAAGAAGGCUGAUGAAGUAAUAAAAGGUUGCCAAUGGUUCCCAAAGCUGCCCUUUUAUCUGAUGGCAUCCAAAGCACAACAAGUGAACUCACAAGAAGCUUCUUGGAAGUGACGGUUUGCACUACGCCUUUCAAGCAUAGGCAAAAAGUAGACAUUUGGACAAGUUUGGAAUCUGCAGUUAUGUGUAUAUAUAUGUAUGUCUUUAAUCUAAAAUGGCAAUAUGGGCCACCGCUGCACCACAUGCACAGCUACCGACGAAACCACCCAACUGUUCUGUUAUCUUAAUAACUUCCUACCAGAAGAGCUACAUAGAGUUACAUAAAAUUGCCUUCAGUAGAAAUGUGAAAAUGAUUUGGUGAAAGGUUGUUUAACUGAACAAACAAUCACCGGUUUCAUCUGAUUAUUUCUUAAAUGGAGCGGGUGAGAUUAAAACAAGUGGGAGUACAUUAACAAAGAAAUUUUCAGUUCCAAAGUAUCCAGCACAGCAUUCUACAGUUGCAGAAGAAUUAUUGGUGGAGACAAUGUAAAGCAUUAUGUCAACAAACCUAACUUGGACUAGCGUGCCAGUCAGGAUUGGUGCAGAGAUUGGCUUGAGCGGCCUGUAAUGUUCUCCUUGACAGGCGAGUUCAGCAAAUGGAUGGAUGAAUGGAUGGAAUGUUCAUGACGAGACGUACAAUCUCCCUUUGAUUAUGUGCAUUUUGACUUUUUAGAGGGUAUUUAUAGUGUCUAAUUUCAGAGCUUGAAACACAUUUUGUCAAAAACAGUUAUUAGUUGAUUGACAAAAAUGCAAUGCAAAGAUGAAGUGAUUAUAAAUCUGCCUUUCAAACUAGAUUUAAUAGCAUCUUCACCUUUAUUAGACUUUACAAUGGAGAAAUUUCUCAUACAGAACAUGAAUCUGAAACAAAGAGAAAUGUGACAUAGGCACCGAUGCAUAUCCCAAAGUGACCAUCUGUGACAUAAAAAAUGAACACUGAUCCGUUACCUGCAGGGCCAGUAUGUCUAUGGGAUGUUACUACAGGCCAGCAGGGUUUAGUGCAAAGCUUUUGUCUUGGGUCUUUUGUAGACCACUUGCUUUGAAGCUGCCAAAGAAAUGUAAAUGGAAGACCUCCCAAGCAGCAGGGGCAGACAAACCUCAAGACGUUGGCAGCAAGAGCAGAGAAGAUGGUUCUGAGGGAGACAUGGGUGGCAUCUCUCUACGCAAAAAGUGAAUUUCAUCUUUGGGUGCAAAGAAAGAAAGAAGCAAAGAAAGAAAAUGUGUACACUGAAAAUCUUGGAGAGAUUGUCCAAACAAAAUGCAUUUUGUUUUCCUCCCACAUACUGUAGUAGUUGGGCUGAUGCAAACUGCAUUCCAGCUCCCUAAGAAACUGCAUCAAAUUUCAAAAACUAACAUCACAGGACCUCAGGCCUUGGUGCUUAACAGUCACUAACAUGUUAAGCAUCAGGGUCUAAGACAAAAGAGGCCAAAGAUUCCAAGUUUCAAGCCUAAAACACAAGAUGGCAUUUAGUGAACACUAGUGAAGUGGACAUUUGGACAUGAUCCUAAGUAUCAUACAAGAUUAGGCAAAUAAACCAGGCGAGGCCUUUGUUCUGAUCUGUCUUCUGGAUCUGCCACAUUGGAUUACCCACUAUACCCUUCUCUCUGUACCAAUCACCCCCACCCAUUUUUUUCCUGCAUGUGUGUGAUUUUUUUUUUUUUUGUAUAUUUUUAUGAAUUUUUGUUCUGUUAUGCACACGAGUGUUUGUAAGUGAAUGGUGAUAACUGACAAACAAUACUGUGAACUUGGGGAUGUAUUGUGCCCAAUGCCUGUUUUCACACAAAAAGAACAUGUGUGUCGCUCUCAGAUGUAAUCAGUUUUAGUAAAAACAAAUCAUCAGACUUUAAAAAAAAAUAGUCACUAUGGAGUAAAAACUGGGAUUUCAGUAUUCAUGUUGAUGACCCCACAGAAUGCCUACGAUUUCAUGGAGCAUUCUCAUUUUUAUAUAAUGUGGACUGUGUUAUGUAUACAUAAUGUCUCGUUAUGUUCCAAACCCACCUCCAUAUAUAUUUACAUAAAUUCCAUAACACUGUCCACUCAUGGUCUGAACACUCCUUUCAAUGAUUUACAUAAAUAUUAAUAUUGUAUUUGGAGAAUGAGUACAAAACUGCCUCAUUAUGGCCCAAACACUCCCUCAGAUAUAUUUACAUAAAUUAAAUAAUUUAGCCAUCUUAUGGACUAAGUAAGCAUGGCCUUGAAAAUUUUGCAUACAUUUUAUAAUUCCGCCUGAUGGUUUUAAAUGCUCACUUGAACAAUCUUGCAUGAGUUUCAUACAUCUGACAUCUAUCUCAUGGUACUGUACAAACACCUCCAUGAAUAUGAGUGUGUGUCAUUGUCAUACACGGCUUUGUUAUGGUCCAUACAACUCCUUGCACUUCCAUUCGUGAGUGUCAUGCUGUGGUCUGAACACAUUUUUCCGUAUAUUCCCACUAUACUGCUCAUCCAAACUUCAAUGUCCAGCGGUAGCAGAUCACUCCCUAACUUUGUCUCCACAUCUCCCUUCUUUACAAAUACAGUAAAUAUAACUUCACUGAGGUUCAUUGUAGCUUUCAAUGACAUUCCACAGCUUUUUCCCAAAAAUGGGGAAAAAUAACAAGCUUAGUAAUUUUACACCAAUUAUUUUUUUCACAAGUGAUACUAGAUUGGCAUCCUGUCCAGGUCUGAUUCCUAUCUUGCACCCAAAAAGGCUGCUGGCUUUUCAUAGAUUUGAUCAGUAAAAGUGGGUUCUACCAAUCAAUGGGGCUUUACUGUGAAAGUUCAAGACUCACUAAAUGGGUUUUAUGGAAUACAUUUUACAUCCAACAGCUGAAACACUGCCUAGCAGAAAGAAGAGUCUCAUAAAAUCAAAAAUGAUUUCAGUUUGGAUACUCUGGAAUGAACCCCUCUGAUUUCUUGUAAAAUCUUAUGGUAACGGAAUGUAAAAUAAACCCUCAAGCCAAUUUAUACCUGAAGAGAUUUCACCAUGAUUAUUCUUGGCGGAAGUUCAGAAAUGAGUGAUUGGAUAAUUUGCUGUGUUUUAACAACUCAACAUUUGAACUCUGUGUUUUUUUCCCACCUUCCCAUCUGUUUAGAAACCCACUUUCUUGAUUCAGAAUACCUGGCAACAUUAAAGUGCAAGGAAGGAGCCAAACCUCCCUCAAUUAGGAACAAAUCACCAGAAGGCACAUAUUAAGUAAUAAGGUCUUCGUUUGGCUGUGACGGCCCUGAAGGUGCUGCUUGCUGCCCUUCACUGUGCGAGUCAGUCAGGCAAACGGCUUGAGUAAAGCAGUCAAAUUGUCCUCUAUGUGUAUGCGGGGGGUCAUCAGCUGCAGGGUGUCAAGUCUUGUGGAGCGGACGAGGCAGGAUGAUCUUUUACUCGCUCACAAGUCAGUUUUCCUUUUGUUUUGUGUUGUUAAGUCAAAGUGCUGCUGCUGUGAUAUUUUUUUUUAAAGACCCAGCUUGUUCAACGUGUGACUACAGGAAAUAAAGAAGAAACAAAAUGUAGAAUUACACUGAAAUAAAACUGUUGUGAAGCCCUU